AGUGGCACAGAUUCGGAUGCAAAUGUUGUGAUAUUUGGAUUUACUAAUUUACCUCCAACAUCCUAUUGGCCGGCAUUAUACAAGGAAUUUUUUUUCAGACAAAUUUUUGAGAUUUUAUGA